GACAGUUUGUUUAUGUUUUGAACGCGAGUUUCGUUGAGAAUCGAGUGCGUGCUUUUUUUGGCGGUGAAUUUUCGUGAUUAAUCGUGCUCAAUUAAGUGUGUGCAAGUGAUACAACAAUGACGUCCACCAUCGGCAGCAGCACGGACAGCUUUGGCUUCAACGGGCUGAAGCUGUUCGAGGUGGUCCGCGAUUGUCUGCCUGACGAUCGCAAGCGGACGCAGAAUCUGCUCGAAACCAAGGACGACAUGAUGUUCGUGUGGAACUCGAAAAACUGUUCCGUGCUGACGGUCAACUGGCGCGCGGCCAACGUCAAGAAGGACCAGCAGCAAAAGUAUCAGACGCUAAUUCCAUCGGCACCGCAAAACUUUACCGUGGAGAAGAUCCUGCCAUCGACGGAGGCCACCUUCCUGGCGCUGAGUGGCCCACGAGGGCUCUCCAUCCUGGAGCUGCCCCGGCGCUGGGGCCCCAACGGCCAGUACCAAAACGGCAAGGAGUGCAUCAUUUGUCGCUCCUACAACCUGGACGAGCACCUUUUCAACGAGAACGCCAAUCUGGAGAUCCUGCAGAUUCGGUGGCAUCCGGCCUCGCCCACCGACUCCCACAUCCUGGCCCUGCUUUCGGACAACUCGAUUCGGGUGUACGACGUGGACGCGCUGCGCCAUGUGUGGCGUGUUGGUCCUUCGCCGUCGCUGGUCAACGGUGGCGCCGUCGCCACCACCUCAACCAAGGCGCCCCUCAGCACGUCCUCGCCGACGACCAGGUCUACCGCGAAGCUGGCCUAUCUGAGCAGCCUCGGUGAUACGGCCGUUGAUUUUGACAUCGCACCGCCACGUGUGGUCAGCGGCGAAGCUGACCUGACGACGACCACGCUGGAGGACACUUCUUAUUCCACGACAGGCGGUGGGCAUUCCUUCGCGCAGCCCAAAAAGUCAAAAGGCGGCAAAAUCGAGUGGCCAAUCGUAAUCCUGCGCGGCGACGGCAACGUGUACAUUCUUUGCGCCGGCAUCGACACCGACCGCCCAAAGCUGCAGGGCCCAAUCUCGAUCCUGCCCCAAGUGGACGACAACUACGGUCUGGAUUCGUGCUCGCUGGUCGUAGUGCCAUCGCUACCACCCACCAUCAUCAUCGCGGAAAGUUCCGGAAAGACGCACCACGCGCUCCUGCUGGAGGAGGAAUCUCCCGCCGAGCGGUCCCUUACCGAGCUGGACUCCAGUCUGGUGCUGUACCCGUGCGAGUGGUACCUGCAGGUGCUGGAAACGGUGGAGCUGGAGCUGGGACUUGCCGGCGUGGACGAAGCCCGGACGUACUCGUGUCCGAUUCAUUUGAAGCGGGAUUUGCUCAACGAGUCGCGGUAUUUUGCGUAUCACAACGCUGGACUGCACGCCGUUACGAUGGACUUUACGAGGCAGCUGGUGCAGUUUGUCGAGAACGAUGACGAUUUGAACGAAAAGUAUCCGCUGUUUAACUCGCAGAGCCGAGCCGAGUACGUAGUUUGUACCAAAGCGUUGCCAAACUCGAGCACGAAUUCUGUGCUGGGAUUCGCGCUGCUUUCUUCGCCACCGGGAAUUCUGUUGCAAUUGGCUUCCGGGCAGGUCGUCACGUUGGAUCUGAUCAGCGAUCACAGCAAGAUUCGUGACUGGAGUGUUACUCCCGGUGGGAAGUCAUCGCUAGCGACGGACUCGACGCUGAAGAAGAUGAUGAAGGAUUCGUUUCAGGAUCGCAUUCAAACAAUACUGAAAUCCGGCACGACGCAGCCAAUCCUCAAGCUGGACCAAACCGCUGAACCAACGCCGCAGGAAUCGUUUGAACUGCUCACGCAAGCCACUAAAAUGCUCCGCGAGCACUACUUUGUCAAGCACGAGAAAGCAAGGCAGGAAAUCGAACGACGAGUGCACGUUCUCAAGCUGCUCAAGCAGCAACAAUUAUCCGAAAUCGACCAGCUCCAGCAGGAGAAGCAGCAAAUUCGCGAUACCGCCGAACGGUUGGCCGAAAACUACGAGGACAUCUGCGACAAGCAGAGUGCGCUGUUCAAGAGAGCCCAAGAGGUAGUCCGGCUGGCGACGUUGCGCCUUCCCAAAGGUUCCUUCUCGGAGAACAAGUUCGCCGACAUGAUCGAGAAGAUCGGAAGCGCCACCCGGCAGCUGGAGCGGAACGUGGACCAGGCCAAGCAGAAGAUCACCGCCCAGCAGGUGCAGGUCGAGCAGAAGCAGAAGGCUCAAAAGGAGCGGAUCGUGGCGCUGCCCACCAAGCAGGAGGACAUCAUCAAGCAGAUCAUCGGGGAGAUGUACACACAAAUCGAGGGCUGCGUAACCGACGUGAAGAAAAUGAGCAGCGUUCUGAAUAUGACUUAAUAAUAUAAAACUUUUCUUGUUGUCCCUCACUUUUCAUCUCUGGAAAAUUCCAACAAUAAUUUUUUUAAUUUCAGAUUUAGCAAAAGUUUCACUCAACGGUGGAACGACCUUAAAAAUGUAAUGUUUUAAUUCAAAUAA